AUGACGUUCGGACGUCAGUUUGUGUUUCCUGUAAAUGCCAUCAGAAUAUUUUUAUCCAUUUCUAUAGAUCCUAUGCUUUUCCUAAGGAAUUUAUCACUCUAUGCUAUGAGUGUCAUCAAAGAAAACCUCAAACUAGAUCGUUUUUGUCGAAUAAGGCUCGACUAUUCUGCCGAGGAAUGCGACAUCGUAAACGACGGAAAGCACGACCAGCUACAAGUAGAUAUCCAGAAGCUUGAUGCCAUGUUCACUUUCUACGAGAAUACUGUGAGCAUGAUCAUCCCCGUGCUGUUGAUCGUUUUCAUCGCCUCUUGGCGUGACCAACAAGGAAGGCGAGUUCCUCUGUGUCUUUCGCUCAUAGGCAGCGUUCUUUAUGCUGGCAUAUACUUCCUGGAGGCAUUCUUUCCCUCGUGGCCUCCAGAGGUUCUCCUGGUAGCCUCCUUCCUCCAGAGUCUCGGUGGCGGUUGGGUCUUGUUCUACAUGGCCGCCUACAGCUACAUAGCCGACUGUUCUAGCGGCCAGUCAAGAACUCUCCGCUUGACUCUCAUGAGCGUCGUCUGGCAGCUCGGAGGUCCUGUUGGUACAGCGCUCGGUGCGUGGCUCUAUGACGUCUCAGGGUAUCUAGCGGUGUUUGGCCUGAGCUUCAUUCUGUACUGCAUCUCUCUAGUGUACAGUGCAAUAAUAGUCAAAGAUAAUACAGACUGUGGAGACGAGUCUAUGGAACCCAAGGAACGUGGUUGA